AACGAGUAGUACUAUUAGUGCUGUCAGCGCAGCCGUAAUCGUCUCUAGAUUCUUGGUUCAACCAGGUGCUCCCUUACUGGUCGCAAGAGGUCAUGACGCAACCAAAUGUUUUUCGAGCCGGGCUUCGACCAUUCGGGCUUAGGUGGAGGUCAUCUAUCUGGUUCAUAACCCUCGUGGUCAGCACAGGAAUUGUCACGGAUCUCAUCAUCUAUUCCAUCGUCAUUCCAGUUCUUCCAUAUCAAUUGGAAUUGAAGGGGUAUACCAGUGUAUCUACUCUGGUUGGAUACCUCUUAUUUGCCUACUCUGGCGGGCUUCUCAUAUCUACUCCGAUCAUUGCCUGGAUAUCUGAACGCUUUAGCGCGCGACAGAUGCCGUUGAUCUUUGGUCUUCUUGCGCUGACCGGCUCUCAGAUAAUGCUAAUGGAAGCACCUUCUUAUUUGGUCAUGGCCUUGGCUCGGGUGAUCCAGGGGAUCAGCUCUUCUGCUGUAUGGAUUGUGGGCCUUGCGUUGCUGCAAGUUUUUCUAUGUGACACAACUCCUGAGCACCUCAUUGGACAACAAUUGGGAUUGGCAAUGUCUGGUUUAUCUCUUGGGCGAUCAAAGCUAAUCUGUGUUUUUAGGAUGCUCCUUGGACCUCCUAUCGGUGGUGCACUUUACUCUCGUUUCGGUUUCCGUGCACCUUUCGUGUUUACCAUAAUCAUCACGGUAGUUGACCUGAUCGGUCGCCUGCUACUCAUUGAACGCAAUGAUGCUUUGAAGUAUGGUCAUGAUCCAGCCGAAGUUGCAGUGAAGGCCAAAGAAGAGCAUCAUCGGGCACAUGCUAUUGGAAAGAAGUCAUGUUUAGAAGGUGAGUAUCCGCGUCCAUCGGAAUACGAGGUUGCCAGAGAGUUGGCGCCCCCUCCUACGUUGGUCGCGCCACGUCUGUCGAACUUCAAGGUUGUAUUGAAACUUGCAAGGUCAUCUCGAGCACUGGUAUCUUUGAUGAGCACUCUGAUCUAUGGGUAUGUACUCUUGGGAUUUUACUUAUAUACAAGUCAAGAGCCUACUUUGCCUCUUCAUCUCCAACAGGUCUGGCGCUUGAACUCAUCAAAGGUUGGACUUGUAUUUAUUGCUGCAGUUGUUCCGACACUAUUUUCGUCGCCGAUUGCAGGAUACUUUGCAGACCGUAGGGGGUCAGAGUGGAUUACUACAUCAUGCAUAGUCCUUACUAUACCAUGGUGGAUAGUUAUCACUAUCGACGGCCCACUUGCACUCUUCAUCACGGCAUAUGCCCUCCAGAAUCUCUUCAUAUCAGGGGUGCUCGCUCCGCUAACAGCAGAGUUGGCUUCGGUCGCACGGAUGCUUCAAGGGGUCGGAUAUGCCCACAUCUAUGGCGCGUUUAACAUGGCAUAUGGCAUAGGAUCCACCGUCGGACCAAUUAUCGGUAGCCAGAUGUACGAACACACAAAGCGUGGCUGGAUGGCUUUAAACCUAUUGGCCGUAGGCCUUCUUGCAUUUGCGGCACUAUCUACAUUCAUCUACACAGGAGAACGUCCGCUCUUAACUAGACUCGUCUCAAAGAUCAGAAGCAGUUCACCGGAGGAAGCCCUACACAAUCGAUAG